AGCAAGAAAAGCGCGCGAAAACUCAUAAUCACAAUUUGAAUAAAUCAAGCGAAAGAAAGAGAGAUAGCCAAGCAGCAACACAUGUUCAAUAGCAAAUAAUAGCAAUUAUUUUUGUUGGUGCCAGUGAAGUGAGAUUUAAGUGAAGUGCGUGCAAUGUUCCUUAUUAGCAAAUCGUAGAGCAACCAACAAUCGAGAGUUCAAGUGUCAUUCUGAAGCCAAAAAGCAAACAAAAAUCUCUAAUUCUAAAAUGGUUUGUGCAAUGCAAGAGCAGCAGCAGCAACAGCAGCAGCAGCAACAGCAACAACAGCAGAUGCCGCAGCAGCAACAUGCCACAACGAUAGUGUUGCUGACGGGCAAUGGCGGCGGCAAUUUGCACAUUGUUGCUGCACCGCAGCAAAUGCAGCAGCAACAUCAGCAACAGCAGCAGCAGCUGCAGGUCAAGAGCCAGCAGCUAAAGCAGCAGCAUUCGGCAUUGGUCAAGUUGCUGGAAUCAGCGCCCAUCAGCAAGCAACAGCAGACGCCCAAACAAAUCAUUUACCUGCAACAGCAGCAGCAGCAACAACAGCAGCAGCAACAGCAACCGCAACGCAAAAGACUGAAAAACGAAGCAGCAAUCGUACAACAGCAACAGCAAACACCUGCAACAUUAGUAAAGACAACCACCAACAAUAGCAACAUCAGCAAAAACACGCAGACAACAAAUAGUAUUAGUCAGCAGCAGCAGCAGAUUGUGUUGCUGCUGCAGCAUCAGCAGCAACAGCAGCCGCAACAACCUGCAACACCAAAGCCAUGUGCCGAUCUGAGCGCCAAAAAUGACAGCGAAUCGGGUAUCGAUGAGGACUGCCCCAACAGCGAUGAGGAUUGCCCUGCAACUGCCACAUCCCUAGAUGAUAGUGGCAGCAGCAGCUACGAGCAAUAUCAGUGUCCGUGGAAAAAGAUUCGAUAUGCGCGGGAGCUCAAGCAGCGGGAACUGGAGCAGCAGCAGACCACCACUACCACCAGCACCAGCACCAGCAUCCCCAGCCAAGAGCAACAACAGCAGCAACAGCAUCAAGAGCAACAACUUGAUGUGAAGCCAACUGUUAUGCCCAAUGGCAACAUCAAGCAGCUGCACUGUGAUAGUCCCUUUUCCGCGCAAACACACAAGGAGAUCGCCAAUCUCCUGCGACAACAAUCCCAGCAGUCUCAGCAGCAGCAGCAGCAGCAGCAACAUCACCUGCAACAUCAACAGCAGCAGCAGCAGCAACAGUUACAGCAGCAGCAGCAGCGAAGGGAUAGCUCUGACAGCAACUGUUCGCUGAUGAGCAACUCGAGCAACUCCAGUGCGGGCAAUUGUUGCACCUGCAACAGUGGCAGCAGCAGCGAUGAGCAGCAGCUGGACGAAAUGGAGGAGGCUCAGGAUUCGGGUUGCGAUGAUGAACUGUGCGAGCAACAUCAUCAGCGAUUGGACUCCUCGCAGCUGAACUAUCUGUGCCAGAAGUUCGAUGAGAAUCUGGACACGGCGCUGAGCAAUAGCAGCAGCAACAAUGUGGAAAGAAAUACACCAGCAACACUACCAGCCACCGAAGAUGCAGAUGGCUUCUUUCGACGCUCCAUCCAGCAAAAGAUCCAGUAUCGGCCCUGCACCAAAAAUCAACAGUGCAGCAUUCUGCGUAUCAAUCGCAAUCGCUGUCAAUAUUGCCGCCUGAAAAAGUGCAUUGCCGUUGGCAUGAGUCGCGAUGCUGUGCGCUUUGGACGCGUGCCGAAGCGCGAGAAGGCGCGCAUUUUGGCCGCCAUGCAGCAGAGCACCCAAAAUCGUGGCCAACAGCGUGCAUUAGCCACCGAGCUGGAUGAUCAGCCACGCCUACUUGCCGCCGUGCUACGCGCCCACCUCGAGACCUGUGAAUUUACCAAGGAGAAGGUCUCGGCGAUGCGGCAAAGGGCACGCGAUUGCCCCUCAUAUUCGAUGCCCACAUUGCUGGCCUGCCCACUGAAUCCCGCCCCAGAGCUGCAAUCGGAGCAGGAAUUCUCGCAAAGAUUCGCUCAUGUUAUCCGCGGUGUCAUCGACUUUGCUGGCAUGAUACCCGGCUUCCAGCUGCUCACCCAGGAUGAUAAAUUCACGCUCCUAAAGGCCGGCCUCUUUGAUGCCCUCUUUGUGCGUUUGAUCUGCAUGUUUGAUUCGUCAAUCAAUUCGAUUAUAUGCCUCAAUGGUCAGGUUAUGCGACGUGAUGCCAUCCAGAAUGGUGCCAAUGCCCGUUUCCUGGUGGAUUCCACCUUUAAUUUUGCCGAGCGCAUGAACUCGAUGAACCUGACGGAUGCAGAGAUUGGUCUCUUCUGCGCCAUUGUCCUGAUCACACCCGAUCGUCCGGGACUGCGCAAUUUGGAGCUGAUUGAGAAGAUGUAUUCACGUCUCAAGGGUUGCCUGCAGUAUAUUGUGGCCCAGAAUAGGCCCGAUCAGCCCGAAUUCUUGGCCAAAUUGUUGGAAACGAUGCCCGAUCUGCGUACAUUGAGCACCCUGCAUACCGAGAAAUUGGUUGUAUUCCGCACGGAGCACAAGGAACUGCUCCGCCAGCAAAUGUGGUCCAUGGAGGAUGGUAAUAACAGUGAUGGACAGCAGAAUAAGUCCCCAACUGGCAGUUGGGCCGAUGCCAUGGAUGUGGAGGCGGCCAAGAGUCCGUUGGGUUCCGUUUCCAGCAGUGAAUCGGCGGAUUUGGAUUAUGGCAGUCCGAGCAGCUCACAGCCACAGAGUGUGGGCGUGGCUUUGGCCUCACCGCCCCAGCAGCAGCAGCAACAGCAGCAACAGCCCUCGGCUUUGGCCAGUUCGGCUCCCCUGCUGGCGGCCACCCUCUCCGGCGGUUGUCCGCUCAGAAAUAGAGCCAACUCUGGUUCGAGUGGUGAUUCUGGGGCAGCUGACAUGGAUAUUGUUGGCUCCCAUGCACAUCUCACCCAGAAUGGGCUGACAAUCACACCGAUUGUGCGACACCACCAGCAGCAGCAGCAGCAACAGCAGCAACAUCAGCAACUCCAGCAGCAGCAGCAGCAGCAACUUCACCCGCAGCAGCAACAGCAGAUGCAUCAUCAGCAACAUCCACAGCUGCAUCAUCAUUUGACCGCUGGAGCGGCUCGCUACCGAAAGCUAGAUUCACCCACAGAUUCGGGCAUUGAGUCGGGCAACGAGAAGAACGAAUGCAAAGCGGUCAGUUCCGGUGGCAGCUCCUCCUGCUCCAGUCCCCGUUCCAGUGUGGAUGAUGCAUUGGAUUGCAGUGAUGCCGCCGCUCAGGCUCAGGCCCAGGUGGUGCAACAUCCCCAGCUGAGUGUGGUGACUGUGUCACCAGUACGUUCACCCCAACCCUCGAGCAGUGGUCAUCUCAAGCGGCAGAUUGUUGAGGAUAUGCCAGUGCUGAAGCGUGUGUUGCAGGCUCCACCGCUCUACGAUACCAACUCGCUGAUGGAUGAGGCCUACAAGCCGCACAAGAAGUUCCGGGCCCUGAGACAUCGUGAAUUCGAGACCGCCGAGGCUGAUGCCAGCAGUUCUACUUCCGGUUCGAAUAGCCUGAGUGCGGUGAGUCCCCGCCAGAGUCCGGUGCCGAAUAGUGUGGCCACGCCACCACCCUCGGUGACACCCGCCGCCCUGGGAAAUCCCGCCCAGAGUCAGCUGCAUAUGCAUUUGACCCGUAGCAGCCCCAAAGCCUCGAUGGCUAGCUCACAUUCGGUGUUGGCCAAAUCCCUGAUGGCCGAACCCCGCAUGACGCCCGAGCAGAUGAAGCGCAGCGAUAUCAUUCAAAACUAUCUGAAGCGUGAGAAUAGCACGGCGGCCAGCAGCACCACCAAUGGUGUGGGUAACCGUAGUCCCAGCAGCAGCUCCACACCGCCACCGGUUCAGCAGCAAGGUCAGCAGCAGCCACAAAGGUGGGGCAGCAGUUCGGUGAUUACCACCACCUGCCAGCAGCGUCAGCAAUCCGUAUCGCCGCAUAGUAAUGGCUCCAGCUCCAGCUCAAGCUCUAGCUCCAGCUCCAGUUCGUCCUCCUCCUCCACAUCCUCCAACUGCAGUUCCAGCUCCGCUGGCAGCUGUCAAUAUUUCCAAUCGCCGCACUCCACCAGCAAUGGUUCCAGUGCCCCGGCGAGUUCCAGCUCCGGUUCGAAUCCCACUCCCCUCCUGGAACUCCAGGUGGAUAUUGCCGACUCGGCGCAACCGUUGAAUUUGUCCAAGAAAUCACCGACGCCGCCGCCCAGCAAGUUGCACGCUUUGGUGGCUGCCGCCAAUGCCGUUCAGCGUUAUCCCACACUAUCCGCUGAUGUCACAGUGACGGCAUCCAAUGGUAAUGGUGGUCCCCCCUCAGCGGCGGCAAGUCCUGCUCCCAGCAGCAGUCCGCCGGCGAGUGUGGGUUCCCCGAAUCCGGGUUUGACCACCACCGUGCACAAGGUCAUGCUGGAGGCGUAAGGUGGUGGAGUGGUGAAGUGUUGAAGAGUGGGAGAGACAGAGACUGGGAGUGGCACGAGGAGGAGAAGGAUCAGCAAGGAUCGUCAGGCGUUGAGUUAAAUUAUUUUACCUUUUAAUUGAGCCGUGUACAAAGUUUCAAAGCAAAAAACAAAAAUAUAUGAAAAAAACAAUGCAUGCAAUUU